AUGUCAUCAUCAAGAAAGAAGCUUCUUCUUAUGGGCCGUUCAGGUUCAGGAAAAUCGUCGAUGAGAUCGAUUAUUUUUUCCAAUUACUCAGCGUUUGAUACCAGAAGGUUGGGUGCUACUGUAGAUGUGGAGCAUUCGCACUUAAGAUUCUUAGGUAAUAUGACGUUAAACUUGUGGGACUGUGGUGGACAAGAUGUUUUCAUGGAUAACUACUUCUCCACACAAAAGGACCAUAUCUUCAAGAUGGUACAGGUGCUCAUUCAUGUCUUUGACGUAGAGUCCAAACUGAUAAAUAAAGACAUUGAAAUCUUUGUCAAGUCACUAACAAACUUGCAGAAAUUUUCCCCUGGGGCCAAAAUUUUUAUUUUGCUUCACAAGAUGGACUUGGUUCAAAUUGAUAAACGAGAGGAGUUAUUUCAGAUUAUGAUGGAAAAAUUACAAAAAAUCUCUAAUCCGUUCCUGUUCAAAUUGGUAGGUUUCCCCACUUCAAUUUGGGAUGAAUCCUUGUACAAGGCAUGGUCACAGAUUGUGUGCUCUUUAAUCCCUAAUAUGAAUUUAUUUAAUAAUAACCUCAUAAAAUUUAAUAAUAUUUUGGAUGCUGAAGAAAUUAUUUUGUUCGAGAAAACGACAUUUUUGGUGAUAUCGUCAACUUCUUCUAUCCAGCAACAACAAAAGCAGCAGGAGCAGCAAAAUGAUGGUGGCGUGAUGAAUUUGGAUCCAAAGCGGUUUGAAAAGAUCUCAAAUAUCAUCAAGACUUAUAAGCAGUCCAUCUCGAAGCUCCGUACUAAUUUUCAAAAUUUAAUUAUACGGGGUGCGAACGGGACUCAUUUCUAUGUGGAUAUUUUGACCGAUAAUAUUUUCAUUAUGAUUGUAAUGAAGGAUAAUGUGGGUGAGAAUGGUGGUGCAGCAGCCAAGGGAGGUAGCGCCGUGGACUCGCAUGAAGAUUUGGUUGUCUUGGAGAACAUCAAGGCUGCUAGGGCUUGGUUUGAGUCAAUUGAAGCUGCCAAGUAG